GUUUGUCAAAGUGGAAUCUGGUCUUUUUUGUACGCGAUAUCCAUUCGACAUCUUUUUUAACAUUGAUUCGAAUUGUUUCGUGCAAACUUGCAGUUACAAGGGCAGGACAUGUCGAAUCUCGUUAAGAAAUACGAAGACUUUGUCUUGCAUAAUGCACCCCAGAUUAGCGGGAUCGAGAGUGGAUUGCGGUCCUUGACGUACAUUUUACCAGGGAGAUUUAAUGACGCUGAUAUGGCUUCUGAAGCGAUUUUCGCUACGGUGAAUUUAAUGUCCCUCUACCACGACACCAUCCUCUCUGCCGCAGCCCACCAACAAAACCCCGAGGCACCCACCUCGAAUUUCAACCGAUACACUCGGCAUAUGCUGCUAUCGGGUGGUUGGUACAAAAAGGUUGCGUAUACGUUAACGAUGGUGCAAAUGGUGGAAGUGUUGGUGGAGAUGGGGGCACGGAAAUUGGGGGGACGAAAAGGGAGGGGACGAGUUGUUUUGGGGAUUGAGGUGAUAAAAGUGGUAUGCCGUACAGCCCUCUUGAAACUCUCACAAAACCGUAUGCUCCUCCACUCGGCCGUUCCUGAACGCGACUACGAUCCAAGCACCAUCCAACCCCCGACAACCUCUAAACCCGGUACAUGGACCGGUAAACGUACCGGGAAACACCACGUCCACGUUGACGUGAUUACCCAAAAGGGCGGGUACGACCAAGCAGUUCAGUUUUUGUUAUCAAAGGCCUUGACGGAACGUGCGUCGAGUCCGGUGGAUUUGUUGAAUCGGUUGGGAUGUCACAAGUGGGCGGAAUGGGUGUUUAUUUUUCGACCGUUGGUGUAUGUUUUGACAUUACGCAGAUACGGACCUAAAUCAUAUAAACCCUACUUGAUUUCCCUAACCCUCGAACUCGGAUCCCUCCUCGCAUCCCUCAACCGCCCACAAACCUCUCUCGAAAAAGACGAAACCAAACGCCGGUGCUGGCUUCUCUUGUACUACUUGUUGCGUAAUCCCGUUUAUGAGCGGUUUACAAAAGAACGGUUGGAUGCUUUUGUGGAGGGUGCUAGGAAGAGGCCGUUGAUAUCCUUGUUUGCUGGUAUUUUGAGGGAUUAUCAGCCCUUGUGGGAGAAAUGGCAUUUUUACACCUCUGGAUAUUAGUUUCUCUUUGGAUGUAUGUAAUAGAACACUG